AUGGGACCUAAAACGUAUGGACUGCUUCGUAGUUUAGUAGCUCCCGUGGCACCUGGCACUAAGACUUACGAACAGGUUGUGACUGUGCUUAGAGAUCACUUCACGCCGAAACCGCUUGUUAUAGCCGAAAGGUUCAGGUUCCACAAGCGUAACCAGGGGGAAGGAGAAACGGUAGCGCAGUAUGUAGCAGUGCUCAAAAAGCUAUCAGAACACUGCGAGUUCGGAGCUUACCUAGAGGACGCUCUGAGAGACAGAUUUGUUUGCGGAUUAAAGUGCGAAGCUGUGCAGAAACGCCUUCUGACUGAGGACAAGCUCACGUUCAAGAAAGCAGUGGAACAUGCAGUGUCAGCAGAAACAGCAGCACGCGACGUACAGCAGUUAAGUCAUUCCCUGAAAGUGAACGCUGUGUUUUCGCAAGGUGAAACAUGCCGCCGCUGUGGGAAGGGGAAUCAUAGUGAUGAUGACUGCUGGUACAAAGAUCGCGAGUGUCACCAGUGCGGGAGGAAGGGCCACACGAAACGAAUGUGCAGGAGUAAAUCAAAAUGCAGUCACGAAAGAGAACGUAAACACAAAGAGGGAAAGCCUGAACAGAAAAGCCAUACACACAAACGCAGCAUGAAAGAUAGGAAGAAAAAUAUUCAUCACGUCGACGCGAAUGAAAGUGAAAGUGAAGGGACGAAAUCAGAUAGUGACAGUGACUUGGGACUGUAUGCAAUGUCUCAGAAAGGGAAAUAUUCACGCAUAUCAGUAGUGCCAAAAGUCAAUGGAAAGAAAAUGGAGAUGGAAUUGGAUACAGGGGCAGCAGUGUCAUUGAUUCCUUUUGAACUGUACCAGCGAAAGCUGCACAAACUUCCUCUGCAACCUACUGAUAUCAUGCUAAAGACAUACACAGGAGAGGCUUUGGCACCAGAAGGAGUCAUUAAGGUACAAGUGGCAUUGGACAAGCAACAGGCUGUCUUGCCACUGUAUGUGGUGAAGGUGGAUGCUCCACCAUUGUUUGGCAGGGAAUGGCUGAGAGCCAUUCAACUGAAUUGGAGAGACGUAAAGACUGUACAUGUAAUUGAGCACACACAGACAAACAGCUUAGAGACCGUGUUAAAGAGACACUCUGCUGUUUUCUCCGAUCAGUUAGGCACCAUGAAGGGAGUGAAAGCCCGGCUCACUCUCAGACCAAACAGCGUCCCCAAAUUCUGCCCACCACGCAACGUGCCAUAUGCUCUCCGACCGCGAGUGGAAGCAGAGCUGAAACGCCUCACAGAGCUUGGUGUCAUCUCACCUGUGGCGCAUAGUGACUGGGCGACGCCAGUGGUGCCUGUGAACAAGAAGGACGGCACCGUGAGACUCUGCGGGGACUUCAAAGUCACCCUCAACCCAGCUCUCUGCAUCGACAAGUACCCAAUUCCACGUAUUGAGGACUUGUUUGCUUCCCUCGCUGGAGGUCAACACUUCAGUAAGCUGGAUCUUUCCAAUGCAUAUCUGCAGAUGGAAGUAGAAGAGAGCUCCAAGAAGUUGCUGACCAUCUCAACACAGAAAGGACUCUUCUGUUUUAAUCGUUUGCCGUUUGGGGUAGCGUCAUCGCCCGCCUUGUUCCAGAAGGCCAUGGACCAGGUACUCCUCGGGCUGCCACACAGUCACUGCUACCUGGACGACAUACUUGUGAGUGGUCCUGACAAGCAGACACACCUGAAAACCCUGGAUGCAGUACUCAGCAGGCUAGAGGAAUAUGGCUUGCACCUCAAGCAAGAGAAAUGUCUCUUCUUCCAGGAGUCCGUGGAAUACCUGGGUCACAUCAUCGACGCUGCUGGGCUCCACAAGUCACCGGAGAAGGUACGCGCCAUCAUAGACGCACCGGCACCAGGCGAUGUGAGUCAACUGCGAUCUUUCCUAGGAAUGCUUAACUACUAUGGACGCUUCAUCCCUGACCUGGCCACUGUGAUUAAGCCGUUGAACGAACUGCUGAACAAAGAGAGAAAAUGGCAGUGGACGUCAGCAUGUGCAUCAGCGUUCCAGAAAGCCAAAGCACUCCUGGUGGCACAAGAGGUGCUCACACACUUCAACCCUGAGCUGCCUCUCCGCCUUGCUUGCGACGCUUCACCCUAUGGGGUCGGAGCUGUUCUCUCUCAUGUCAUGCCAGAUGGUGAAGAAAAACCCAUCGCCUAUGCAUCCAGAACGCUCAGCAAAGCAGAACAAAACUAUGCUCAGAUCGAGAGGGAGGCAUUAGCAAUAGUCUUUGGAGUACGAAAGUUCCACCAGUAUCUUUACGGCAAUACAUUCACUCUGCUCACUGACCAUCGCCCGCUCACAACCAUCCUCAGUCCAGUGAAAAGCACACCAUCCAUGGCUGCAGCUCGCAUGCAACGCUGGGCGCUCCUGCUCUCCGCUCACAAUUACACCAUCGAGUACAGGAAAGGGGCCCUACAUGCCAACGCUGAUGGACUGUCGAGGUUACCGCUCCCUCAUGCUCCCAGUGGGAAACAAGGUGCAGUGGAGGUGUUCUACACGUCACAGUUGGACACUUUGCCAGUCAGCAACGCUGAGAUCAAGCGUCAUACCAUGUCUGACUCCACCCUGUCCUGUGUCAUGGAAAUGGUCACCACUGGACGUUUUCCCACUGCAAAGGACGCAGGAGACGAGCUGUCACACUACCUCCAGUGCCGCCAUGAGCUCACUGUGCAGCACGGAUGCCUCAUGUGGGGUUUGAGAGUGAUUGUGCCACCCAAACUGCGCCCCCGGGUGCUGACAGAGCUACACUCAGCACACCCAGGUGUAGUGAGGAUGAAGAGCUUAGCUCGUAGCUACGUUUGGUGGCCUGGCAUCGACUCCCAGAUCGAACACCAAGCAAAGUCAUGCCACUCAUGUCAACGAGUACAGAAAGACCAUGGCCUAGCACCCUUACAUCCUUGGAUGUGGCCAUCCAGUCCCUGGGAACGGAUACAUGUGGACUUUGCCGGUCCAUUUGAAGGGCACAUGUACCUGGUCAUAGUGGACGCCCACUCCAAAUGGCCCAAGAUACACAUCAUGGAUAGCACCACAUCCAGCAAAACCAUUCAAGUGCUUAGGGGACUUUUUAGUCGCUAUGGCAUUCCACACAGCCUUGUAAGCGACAACGGCCCUCAGUUCUGCUCUGAAGAAUUCAGCACGUUUCUGAAAGCCAAUGGAGUCAAACACAUUCGCUCAGCACCGUACCAUCCUACCUCCAAUGGCUUGGCAGAGCGCUUUGUGCAAACCUUCAAGCACGCUCUGAAAUCUUCCAGAGGAACUACACCACUGCAACAGCGUCUAGAUACGUUCCUCCUGACCUACUGCAACACCCCUCAUGCAACAACCAGAGAAAGCCCUGCAAUGCUAUUCAUUGGACGCAAGCUGCGUUCUCGACUGGAUUUCCUGAAACCCAGUGUGGCUAGAGCAGUGCACCAGUCGCAGGAGGAUCAACAGCAGCGACGCUGGCUGCACUCCAAACAGAGACAGUUUGCAGUUGGCGAGCCAGUGCUCGUGCGUGAUUAUAGGAAGGGGGAGGAUAAGUGGAUGCCAGCUGUGGUGAUCGAGAAGACCGGACCAGUGUCCUACAAGGUAAAUGUGGGAACACAAGGGGUCUGGAAGCGUCAUGUGGACCAGUUGCUGACUCGGCCCGAGUCAGACCCACCAGAGACUGUGAGUUGUCCACUGUCACUACCACAGACAACCACACCUGGUACCACACCUGACCCAAGUACACCUCAACAGAAGGAGGAUACUGAUACAGUUCCACACGCAACACAUACACUACCCAAGACACCACAGUCCACAGAAAUGACACACACAGGUCAUUCUGAGACAACAGGGACUGUACAGCGAUAUCCUGUGAGGAUCACACGUCCGCCAGUACGUUACGGAGAUCAGUGA